AUGGGAUUCGGUGAGUGUGGAUUAAAUGUAAGUGAAGAAACAACAGCUUGUUUAAUACAUGCAAUAGAAAACAAUUCGAAAAUCUCAACAAUUCUUUCAAAUAUAUCUGGUAUUGAAUAUUAUAUUGAAACAAAAAUUUUUGAAAAUUCCCAAAUAUCAUCAAUUCUUGUAAUUCUUCAAUUACUUCGUUCACUUUUUAUUCUUCAUAUUAAUCGACAACAAACAAAAAUGUCAAUAAAUGAUGAAGAAAAUGAUGAAGAAACUAUUUGUCGAAAUAUUAGUAGACUUACAUUUAAAUUCAUUACACGUAUUUUUCAACAAGGUAAUAUCAAUAAGUUAAUAUUAAUGGAAUGUUUAACUGCUUUACAAACAACACUUUGUUCAUUAUCAAGUGAAAAUACUCGAGAGAAUUCACUUUCAUUAAAUGAUUUAAUUAAUGAAAUGAAAAUGAUGGUUGCUACUUAUCAAUUAGCUGAUACAUCCAUUGAUACAGAUAUGAGUGAAUAA